AUGGAGCACCCCUCCGAAGGAGUCCAGCACGCCGCUAACCCCGUUGCCACUCGUCUCGGAAUUGGCAGCCCUCGUUUACGCGUUCCCCGACCCAUUAUCAUUGAAGAUUCUGACGACGACGAAGUACCUGAUAGUCAAGAAGAAAUAAAUCUCAGUCAGUGGCCUAUCUUUGACAUACCUGUAGACCAUUUAAUUCGUGGUGAACUACCAGAUUACGCGGCUAUUCUGUCGAAGAAGAAUGAUAAGCAGGACGAUAAUAACGAUGGGGCUUCCAUAGCCGACUCUACCGCCGCUGUAUAUUCGCCUACGCGUCCUGGAAGUCGACGAGACUCUACUAGCAGUGAUAUGAGUAUUGAACUUGACGAUGACCCUCGAGAACCACGAAUACACGACGCACGGCCGCCCACUGCAAUUGAGGAACAUUUCCUCAACUCCAUCUUCAGUACUUCGACCAUUGCAUCUCAACCAUUUGGCCUUCCUCUCUCCGCAUCUCAGUACGCUGAACCAGUCGUCACGCCUGUCAACGUCGACUCCACCCACUCCCUACCUAGUCUAGAAAGUGUUGAACACUUAGAAGAAUCGGAUAGUAGCCAAGUUAGCACCAGUCCGUUCAAUCUUCCGCCGAAACGACUUCAGGAAAUUCAAGAGCGAGCCUAUAGCUUCUUAGGCAGGAAGAUCACCCCCUCGCACGAAAUUGAACCGACGACAAACACUACUGUCAACCCAGCACUUAUCAGCCAACCCUCGCCGCGUAACCUCAUUAAAGUAAAUAGAACGGAUAAGGAUUACGACCCCAAGGACUGUCUUCACCCCCCACAUGGCUCACUUGUAUGUCUACGACACAACCUCACGCACGCGCAACACUACGCCUUGCAAGAAAGCAGACUUACACUCAAUGAGGUCGACAACAUGAACGAGUACGAACUGGACGAAUAUCUACGUACGCUGAACAUGGAAACGCCGUCGCAACCUCAAGAACAACCUCCUCCGUUACCUCGACUUACUGAGGAAGAACUCAACUCAGAAACACUAGGCUCGCAGUCGAGCAUGAUGUCGCCUGACAUCGCUCCUGCACAAUCUGGCAACGAACACACUCAAACAACGAAUACGACCGUACAAACCGAUGAACCGGUCAAAGUAAUGACUCUGUUUCUCAACCACAACGUCCCUCGCAUUGUAGUCAACGAAUUUCGUGAUUCAAAAGCCUUACCUCGACUACAUGACCUCUACAAUCACGACAACGAUUCGACAUCAUCUAGCUCUUUCGAACUUAUCCUUCACCCUCCAACCGAAGCUGCACUACGAGGAACACAGAUUGCUGACGGAACCUACCGUACUUCGACUCCAUACCCAACCCCAGAACGCGAACUUGAGCCGACGAAAUCUAACACAGACUGGACGAACCUCAAGUACCCUGCAUUCCUUACCAAGACGGCCGACGACUCAGAGAACGAUAAGUCGAGCCAGGAUUACAUGUCCAUGGAAGAGUCUGACUAUAGUCCGGAUGCUGUAGACUCCCCGCCAUCGUCAACGGACCCUCAGACGAAUCUCAGGAGGACGCUACCGUGA